AUAGAUGGCCUUGACUGACAGUCCCUCGGGAGGCAAGCGGGAAGUUCCCCAGUGGCGCAGAACACACAGGCCGCAACGACGCCAGACGAAAGCAGUCCCUGAAUUCACGAUGAAGGCUGGCCUGUACCUCGCUUUGUGCCUCACUUGCUGUGUGCUGAGCACAGAGAGCCUUAGUUGCCUGUUUGGACAAGGCUGCACUCCAGAGAAGAUAGCUGAACUGCAAUGCCCCCUUGGAACUUUUACGGACCUGUGCCAGGCCUGCAGAUGCGCCAAGGGCCUGGGAGAAGGGUGUGGCGGUCCGUGGGAUGUAAAAGGCCAGUGUGCCUCGGGUCUGACGUGCAAGAAGGAAGAUGACCAUUUUCAGUCCCUGGGAAAGUGCGUUGAUGCCGAUGCUUGAAGAAAGAGAGAGAAGAAAGAGAGAUAUGUAAAAAAAAAUGUUAGUCUGAAAUAGUGGGGAUUAUUACUUGUGUUUGAUGGGGAGGCGGCAACACUCUUGUGAACGCUCUGAUUGAAAUAAAUUGUAAAAUGUU